UUCUAUUACAAACAUGGCAGACGAUUUACAAAAUUACAAAUUACAGCUGCAGCAGGUUGAAGCCGCUUUACUUACGGACCCUGAAAAUGAGGAACUUUUGAAAUUGAAAAAAGAUUUAGAGGAAGUUAUUGAAUUAACCAGAGACCUCGUAAAAACUCAACUAGAGGAGCACAGCAAACCAGCGUAUAUAGAGCCUGCUAACUCAAAGUCGUCCUCGUCUUAUGAUGAUAUCGAAUCGGCUUUGCUACAGGCUGAGAAACUUCUGUCACCAAGCAAGGCGUGGAAAGUUGGUGAUAAGUGCCAGGCAAAAUGGACGGAAGAUGGUCAGUUUUAUGACGCCACCAUUGAAGGUAUUACAGAGCAUGGUGAAGUCAGAGUUAUAUUUGACGCCUAUCAAAACCGAUCAACAACACUGCUAAGUGAACUUCGCGAGAGAAGUAGUCGUAACGAAGUAUUUCCUAGCAACAAACGCCAUAGACCUAACCAAAAGGAGUACCUAAAGAAACGAAAACUUAAGAAACAGCAACGCUUCAAAGAACUUGAAGAGGAACGAGAACAAGAUAAAAACAAAUGGCUUAAUUUCACCACAAAACAGUCGAAGAAGCAGGGAAUGCAAGUGAAAAGUAUUUUUGCGUCCCCUGAAAAUGUUGAGGGUCGUGUGGGAAUUGGUACAUGUGGUGUUGCUGGUAAAGGAAUGACGGACUACACAGUUGGUGAAAAAUAUAGAAAAGGGCUUUAAAUUAUAUAAAGUACAUUUAUCUUGCAUAUAAGGUG